AUGGUUGCUACGAUCGGCAUUGACUUUCUUUCUAAGACAAUGUACUUGGAGGACAGAACAAUACGAUUGCAACUUUGGGAUACAGCCGGACAAGAACGUUUUCGCAGUUUGAUUCCCAGUUAUAUCAGGGACUCUUCUGUAGCAGUUGUUGUUUAUGAUAUAUGCAUUAGGGAAUCAUUUAUUCAGACUUCUAAGUGGAUUGAUGACGUUAGAAAUGAGAGGGGCAGUGAUGUUAUUAUAAUGCUAGUCGGGAAUAAGACUGAUUUGGCUGAUAAAAGAAAAGUUACGACUGAUGAAGGAGAACGUCUUGCUAAAGAUUUGAACGUCAUGUUUAUUGAAACUAGUGCCAAGACUGGCUACAGUGUCAAGCAUGUAGCCAGCUAA